AUGCAGACUGCUUCUACAAACAUUUGUGAAAGAAUUUGCAAUAAGUCCAUUCCAGAACUUUUCUUGCUACUAAAUAUUCCAUGGCCAACUGUUAGUGGUAUUAUAACAAAGUGGAAGCAACUGGGAAUAACAGCAACUCAGCCACAAAGUGGUAGACCACAUAAGAUGACAGAGCAAGGUCAGCACAUGCUGAAGCGCACAGUGCGCAGAUACUGCCAACUGUCUGCAGAGUCAAUAGCUAAAGACCUCCAAACUUUGUGUGGGGCUUCAGAUUAACACAACAGUACGUAGAGAGCUUCAUGGAAUGGGUUUCCAUGGCCAAGCAGGUGCAUCCAAGCCUUACAUCACCAAGUACAAUGCAAAGUGUCGAAUGCAGUGGUGUAAAGCACACUGCCACUGGACUCUAG